AUGGCUUCAGAACAAAGCGAACUAGAUCGCACAAGCAGCCUUAUCGGAAGGUAUCUGUUGACUGGUUGGAUAUUGUCCGAUGAGGUCUGCCCAAACAAAGGCUGUAAUGUUCCUCUCCUACGCUCCAAAGACAACUCGACAUGGCUCUGCGCUCGCUGCGAUAACAACGAUUCAAAGCCAAGGUCGACGACAGAGUUACCUUAUCAGGCUUAUGAAAGCUUUGCUCCACCUGUAGAAUCUAUCGGUAUGGAGCAGGAGACAUCUGAAGAAGUUGAAGAGCGACAGCUGCGACGUAAGCAAUCCCAGCUUGCAGCACAGUUAAUUGGAGAACGAAUGUUACAAGGAUGGACUUUGCUUGAUGAGAUAUGUCCUAAUGAAACAUGCUAUGGGGCAAGUGUCGAUGAUCGUCUUGG